AUGUCAUCCAAAUCGGUUCAUUUGGUAGUCCUCAUACAUGGUCUAUGGGGAAACCCUUUACAUCUCUCUGCUGCGAAAGCGGAAUUAGAAGAUGCUUGGUCUCACCGUCACAUCUCCGAGGAGAUGUCUGGGAGGAUACCGGAAAUGAAGGGGAACGAUGUAGAUGGUCAGGAAGGAGAGAACGAGAUGAUUAUACUCAUACCGGAGGGCAUGACUUCUCAAUUGACUUAUGAUGGGAUUGACGUUUGUGCCAGUCGGGUGUUGUAUGAAGUAGAUCGUGAGGUUGACAGGAUCGAAAAGAGUGGGAAGAUCAUUCGACAAUUUAGCGUUACUGGAUACUCACUUGGAGGUCUCGUAGCUCGGUAUCUUGUAGGAUUGUUACAUUCUCGUAGUCCUUCGUUCUUCGAAGGUAAAGAGACAGUAUCAUUCUCUACCAUCGCUACUCCUCACUUGGGUGUUCCGCGCUACAAUACUUUUCUCUCUACCUCUCUGGUGUGGUUAGGUGCUCGAUUACUAUCACGUUCAGGGGAACAACUAUACGUAUCAGACAAAUACUCCCCUGAAGAUCCAAGACCAUUAUUGGAAAUCAUGGCUGAUCCAAAUUUGGUAUUUAUACAAGCUUUGAAGAAAUUCAAAACCAUACAGAUCUUCGCAAAUGGUAUCAAUGAUCAUACUGUUCCUUAUCCAUCCGCCGCGAUUGAACUUACCGAUCCUUUCACUUCUUGGGAAACACUGGAUGUGACGGUGGAUGAGAAUGGCUUGUUGCGGUCUUGGGAGUAUGGAAGCGAUACAAAAGGUUUGAAAAGAGAGGGUGGGUGGAGAAGACGUUUAGGAAGUUUACCACCGGUAUUCAAAUUUGGUUUUCCGUAUAAUUACUUGAUAUUGGUCCUGUUUCCUGUGAUGUUCCCUUUGGUGUUCAUACUACUGGUGAUCCGAUUAUCUUUAGACACCCGGAAAUCCCGACGGCGUCUUCAACUCCUAGCUAAUCCUCUUACAACCGGAAGUGUGAAAGAAACAGAUUCAGGUCUAUCUAUCGAACAUCUUCGCAACAUAGUCCGACGAGUAGAAAGAAGUAUAGAAUCCGAAUUGAUAGAUGUGGCAGAAGAUGAUAUUCCCUCUACAUCUGUACAUCCCUUUCAACCCAAGCGGGACGAGAUCAGGGAGAAUGAAGUGAAAGUAAAAUUCAAAGAUUCUCAAAUCAGAAUGAUCAAUUGGUUAAAUUCUCUACCUUUGAAAAAAUACGUUACAUGGUUUUCACAAGUUGGGAAUUCUCAUGCUGUUAUAGUUGUAAGAGAUCCAACACGUUUUCCGAUACAUGAACUUGGUAGACCCAUCUUACGAAUUUGGGCUAAAGGUAUAAUUCAUCCUUCUACCUCUUCCCCUGUCCAGUCAAACGGUUCAUAUACAUCUUCAUAA